AUGGCUUCUCAGAACACGUCAGCCCGCAGCGCCUCUUCAGGCCAACCCAGCAAGGCCAAAGAGGCCUCGGACACCUUCCUCCCUGGACGACACUCCACCGACACCGUCUCCACAUUGCCCGAGUACACUGAGAAGAGCGACGACAACAAUGGAGGCAGCAACGCGGAGAGUUCCACUACGAGCUCUAAAAAGUCGAAGUUGAGCUCCACUUUCGACCGUGUGAAGGCCAAGAUGGGCGGGGAGCCAGACGAUCCUGAACGAGCGGAGAAGAAGGCAAGAAGGCGAGAGGAAUACGAGAAGCUAGGAUUGGGAGAUAGGACCAAGUAUGGUGUUGGGGGCAUGGGAUGGAGUGGUUAA